GAAGCAUAUUCCAGGCACUUCCAGCUGCUUUCUGAAGGACAAGAUACAGAAACACUGCAAGCAGCAUGAGCCAAAUAUUAGUUGGGGCUGGUUUAGCCAUCUUGCUGAUUCUUCACUGCAGCUCAGCUCUCAAACUGGUUUGCUACUUCACCAACUGGGCUCAGUACAGGCCAGAGAGAGGGCGAUUCCUCCCCGAUAACAUCAAUCCCAACCUAUGUACUCAUCUCAUUUAUGCAUUUGCGGGAAUGAAUCAGAACCAGAUCACAACAGUGGAAUGGAAUGAUGUGCAGCUAUACCAGGAUUUCAAUCGACUAAAACAGAGGAAUCCAAGACUGAAGACGAUUUUAGCCAUUGGAGGAUGGAAUUUUGGUUCUUCAAAAUUCUCAGCCAUGGUGGCUACUCCAGCCAAUCGACAGACAUUUAUUCAAUCUGUGGUUUCAUUCUUGCGAAAGUAUGGUUUCGAUGGACUGGACUUAGAUUGGGAAUACCCUGCAGACAGAGGCAGCCCUGCAGAAGAUAAACAACGCUUUACUUCUUUGGUUCAGGAACUGGCAAAAGAAUUCCAGGCAGAAGCCCAGCGGGAAAGAAAGGAAAAGCUGUUGCUCACUGCUGCUGUGGCUGCUGGGAAAACAACCAGUGACAAAGCCUAUGAAAUUUCCAAGAUCUCACAGAAUUUAGAUUUCAUUAACCUUAUGACAUACGAUUUUCAUGGAUCCUGGGAAAAGGUCACAGGCCACGUCAGCCCUUUAUACCUUGACACUGAUUCUGCUGUUCAAUAUUGGAAGAGCAAGGGUGCACCAGCUGAAAAGAUUGUCCUGGGAAUACCACUCUAUGGACGAACCUUCACCCUUUUUUCCUCACAGACCGGACCUAAAGCACCAGCCUCUGGGCCUGGAACACAUGGUACUUUCACACAAGAGGCUGGAUUCUUGGCUUAUUAUGAGGUCUGUAUUUUUAAACAAAGUGCCACCACAAAAAUGAUUCCGGAGCAGAAGGUCCCAUAUUCUUUUAAGGGAAACCAGUGGGUAGGGUACGAUGAUAUCGACAGCAUUAAAACUAAGGUCAAAUACUUGAAGCAGAAUAAUCUGGGAGGUGCCAUGGUUUGGGCCAUGGAUCUGGAUGACUUUACUGGCUUUUUUUGCCAACAACAAGACUACCCACUUCUGAAAACUCUGAAGAGAGAGCUGGGUUCCACAGACCUGGAGACAAAUACUAAUCCUCCCACACAAGAUGAAUCUCAAAGACCUGAACAAUCACUACCUGAUCCACCUACAGCAAACUCAUUUUGUCUUGAUAAAGCAGAUGGAAUGUAUGCUAAUUUACAGGAUCCUACAAAAUUCUACCACUGUUCUCACAGCACUACCAACAUCAAGGAGUGUCCAUCAAUGCUGAUUUUUGAUGAUAAAUGCAAAUGCUGUAAUUGGCCUCAGUGAAAUGCUUCUAUCAAGUAUCUGAUAAUGGCUACAUAAUAGCUUUAUAUUCACAGGCAACUAAUGUUUUAUUGCCUAUAUAUUUUUUAAAAAAUCUGUAUUUUCAUCUGCACAUUUCUCUAUCUUUGACCACUGAAGUGAUAACUUUGGAGCAGCAGUGGCGUAGUGGCUAAGAGCAGGUGCACUCUGAUCUGGAGGAACCAGGUUUGAUUCCCA